AUGGGAAUAGAGAUUGACAACCACUGUCUAUCGACCUUGUUCUUUGCAGACGACCAAGUUAUUGUUGCAGGUUGUGAGGAGGAUGCCGACUAUAUGUUGAGGAAACUUGAUGAAGAAUACGACAGAUGGGGACUCAAUAUCAACCUCACAAAAACCGAAUACCUGAAAGUAGGAGAAGAACAAACUGAAGAUCCUAAACUACACAUACAUGAAAUUAAAAGAUGUAGCGAAUAUAAAUAUUUAGGAAAUCCAGUUUUAACAUACGGUGCCGAAUGCUGGCAAUUUACAGCAAAAGAAAGAAGGAUGGUCGAGUCAGUGGAGAUGGACUUUCUCAGAAGAGCAUGUCGCAUAUCAAGGAUGGAACACAUUAGAAGUGAGGAGAUCAGGCAAAGAACAAGGUGA